UUGUUUUCGUUGUUGUCCUUUUGGUCCUUGAUCGUGUGGAGAGGAGUGGGCUGUGAACAAAAGUAAGUUGGUUAUCUGAUUACUUAUCUAACCGGGCCAAAAGGACCCUGCCGCAGCCGCACACCGUCAAGCGCACCUGUGUGCUGUCACGCCUCACCUGAUUAGCGGAUAAAUACCAUCAGGGGACCACUGACUUCCCAGUAAACCGCCCCCCCCCCCCAAUCCUUGCUGGAAGAGGGAAUGCCGAGUGACGGGUGGGGGAUGAGUUCGAGAGGGUCGAGACCGGAGUUCCGAGCUGGGGCUGGAGCUGGAGCUGUGGGGGGCAAAAAGCUCGAUGGAACUCUGUUGAGGGGGCUAGAACUUUGACAUGUUCCAGUUGGGUUUUUGGCUUCCUGAAAAACUAUGGCAAUGUGAAGAUGUCAAUGAGACGCGCUCAGAUCUCUGGACGCAGACGGUGGGUGCACCAUUGUGUGACACUUGACGCGGACCCCGGGCGCUGAAGCUCGACUGCUGUUGCUGUUGUUGAUUUGGUGCAGGCCUGCACAGGGAGGGGUCACAGAGGACGGGACUUGUAUAAGAUGAGCGGCCCGUCACCCAAUACUGACACGAGCUGCCGAUUACGCACCCAUCCAUCUACCCAUCGAAAAGGUCAUUUAAACCUACGGAUACAUAGCAACGAUUGUUGUCGCAUUGCAUCACACCGCGGGUGGAUCCAAUACCAUCAGACGGUAGCUCGACGUUCGAAAGUGCCCAGUCCCCUGCUACGGAGUCGGCUCAGCCAAAUCAGAAGAAGAAGGUGAAAGCCGUUCAUCGUGAAGAAAGACGCUCCCAGCUUCUCCGGGUUCUACGAGACACACACUUUGGGCGAGCCCUCCCACCGAACACGUUUUGCGAGUAAAAAAAAACCUCCUCAACCUUCUUAGCCACCCUCGACGACGACGACGACGAGCCUUUUCAAACCGAGUCCGACAAUCAGCAUCAUCAUGUGGUCCAACAAGCGUGCCUCCCCCCCUGCUCCGGGCAGCAGCCCGCCCGAGGCGGAGGUUCCCGCGCCCGUCACCCUCAAGCAGAAGAACCCCGGUCGUCGCAUUGGCCAGAUUGUGAAGCUCAAGCCCGAGUUCGUCGACAAGUACAAGGAGGUCCACGCCAACGUCUGGCCCGACGUGCUGAAGCAGAUCAAGGAGUGCAACAUUGUCGACUACAGCAUCUGGCACGAGCCCGAUUCGCGCAUUCUGUUCGCUACCUUCAAGUACGUCGGCUACGACUGGGCCGGCGACAUGGAGAAGAUGAAGGACAAUCCAAAGGUGCGCGAGUGGUGGGCCAUGACCGACGGCUGGCAGGAGUCUCUGGUCCCCGGCGCCGUGAGCAGCGAGGCCGGCGAGCCGGGUUGGUGGAAGCCCGUCGAGGAGGUGUUUUACACACCUUGAGGAAGAUGAGAAAGAUGAGGAGGAAGGGUAUCGAGUGUAUUGCAUUCCUAGUCAACGACCAGCCGAAUGAUGAGCGUUUUUGUCUU